CCUUCCAAGAGAGUUUGGGCUGCUAAUACAAUGUCGGAAAUGAACGAGCUGUCCGAGCUGUAUGAAGAGAGCAAUGACCUGCAGAUGGAUGUGAUGCCCAGCGAGGGUGACCUUCCGUAGAUGGAGGUAGGUGGCAGUAGCCGGGAGCCAUCCCGGAAUCCCUCCCGCCACAGGGCCCAGCCACAGCUGGAGAAGGAAGGCCCAAUGGAGGAGGAGGUGGCCCAGCCAAUGGCAGAGCCGCAGGGGGACCGAGGCCUUGCUCAGGGCCCUGGGGAGCAGCCAGGCCAGCUCGCCGGCCCUGACUUCAAGAGCGAGGACGACGGUGAGGAAUUUGAUGACUGGGAGGAUGACUAUGAUUAUCUGGAAGAGGAGCAACUAAGUGGUGCCGGCUACAGAGUAUCAGCGGUCCCGGAAGAAGCCAACAAGAUGUUUCUGAGAACAUCCAGAGCAAGAGAAGCAGCCCUAGAUGGCGGGUUUCAAAUGCAUUAUGAGAAGACCCCGUUUGAUCCGUUGGCUUUUAUCGAAGAGCUUUUUUUCACUUAUGGUUGUCAAUCGUCUAACCAAAGAACUCCGCUGUGA